UUAUCAUAUUACGUCAUGUAAUUUACAAUUCUGUGUAUCAGGUUUGUUAGAUUCUUAAAAAAAUUUUUCUAUUAAAAGUUUAAGACAAAUACUCACGGUUAAAAAAUUUGUUCAAUUAAAAUCGUGUAUGACAUUUAUACGAAUUCAGUACGGGUACUUAUUUAAACUUAACUUGAAGUCGGAGAAUAUAAAAACUUAUGUACGAAAUAAUGUUUCAUGGCUGCAUCUAUCAUCCGAAGAAUAAUUAAACGGUAUUGGGCAGUAAUAUUUUUUCCUACAUUCACUGCAGUUACCAUUUAUGCAGAUUGGAAUCAUACUAGAUUGUGGAAAAAACAGUUAGCUGAACAAGAAUUACAAUUAAAGAACUAAAAUGGCAGGACUUACAAAAGCAUAUCUUAACUUGGUUGCUUGCAUGGUAGCUGGAUACUCACUUGGAUGGGUGGUGAAUAGGCUGGAAACUG